AUGAUGGCAGAUCAGCUCGUCCGAGCCGCAGUGAUGGUGCUGGGAGAGAGAGAUGGCGUCGAGGUUCAGACACUUGAGCAGAGGCAAGCACUGGGCAAAGAAGUGUCUUGCUUCCUGCUUUCGCUCGGUUCCUUCCCUUGUGGGCCGCUGCCUUUUUCGCUGGGCGUCUACCGAGCCUUUUUCGUGCUCGUCGCGCAGUGGCGAGACGCCGGGCCCUCCAUUGAUGCAUGCCAUACGGUCGACGCCGCGCGCGGUUGGCUGGAGGCUGCGACAGAAGACGAGCGAUACUCGCUCGACAGAGAGCUUGUCGGCGAUGUGUGGUUUUGGGGAGGCCCUUGCGAUUGGACGUACAAAUUGCUGGACACGAUCGCUGCGCUUCACGCCGGCGAGGAUGUCCGUGGAGCCGUGAAAAACGUCGCAGGCAGGCUUGUAGAGAGCCUCGAAGCAGCCUCGGCAUCUGCAUCGCCGCUGGGAGAAGCGCGGCCGACAGCUCUGGCAAUCCUGGGGAUCUGCGUCGACGCCCUUGCAGAAAUCGACUGGGACGAGGAAGCGACAGAUGAAGCGCCGCUCAGCCUUCGUUUCGCACAGCUCUUGACUGAUGUCCUUUGGCACAGCCUUGAGGGCGAGUUCAAGAUCGUUGCUGGAAUCCUCGAGCGAUUGCUAGCACGCGGCAGCACGUUCUCCUUCAACGCAGCAGGUGAGAUGGCCGAGACCAUCGUUGACAAGCUCGGGCGGGAGCUCAGAUACAGCAGAGAACUAGCUCCCGAUGGUGAGGCCGAGCAAUUUGCGACCGGCAUCGACACAGUUUUCGGCUCGUGCUUGCAGGUCAUGCUGUCAAUCGACAUGGAGGAUGCCAUGCACGCGAUACGAUACGACUUGCUUGAAUCGCUGCUGGCUUUGCUGAAGCCGAUGCUCGAGUUCACAGCUGACAACGACGGUGAUGACCAGGUUGUCCAGCUCGAUUCGCUGGCGACCCGGCUGUUUGACCGGUGUUCUAGGGUAGUUGAUGGGGUCUUCUUGCUAAACCACUAG